CAGACGCCGCCGUUAAGAGCCGAGUCGGCAAUUGAAAACGGAGUGAAAAAUAUAAAAAAAACAUAUUACAAUCCAAAAAUUUAUUUAAACUAAAUUAAAAUCAACAUAAAAAAGACUUUAUUUAAAUAUAAAACAUAAAAUUUCUACAAAUUGAAUAAAAAAACUAAACAAAAUGACAAAAAGGACAUUUGAGUUUGUUGAUAUAAAUGAAGUAGAAAGUAAUAAACUAAAAUUAGCACAAGUCCCGAAAAUAAGUUUGGUUUGUAAGUCAGAUUUUACAGGAGGUGUAGAGCCAGCAAACCAGCCCAUUUUAAUAAGAAAAUGCAACUCGAUAAAUAGAGUUAUUGCAAAUAAUUUACCAUCAACAAAUGGAGACCUUUUGGAAGUAUUAACGAAUAUUCUGCAGGGGCAAAGGGAGAUAAAUACUCGACUUGAGAAAAUUGAACAAACUCAAACAAGUAUUAUUAAUAACCAAAACCUAUUAAGCAAUGCUCAGGAUGCGAUUGUGGCAAAUCAACAGCAAAUUGCCAAUAAAUUGGAGGACAUAGAAACAAGUAUUAUGUCAAAACCUGAGAUGAUGGCACAGUCCAGAGUGCUAGUGCAACGCCAGGUGGCCAUUAAAAAAGUAAAUAAAUCCGUGUGCCCCAUGACUGACGAAAUUAAUGAAAAAACUCUGAACGAACUCGACAAUAUGCUUCCUAUGGCGACCCUAGAGGCAGUAGAGGAAUUGGAAGAAAAACUAAGCAAUCGAAAGUUUGCUCAAACAAUGAAAACUUAUUUGCACAAAUUUAAAGGAGAGUCUGAUGGUGUAAACAGUGUCAUACGUGAAUUAUUCACGGAUGACCUGCUUGAAAUGUUUAAUUGGGAAGGAAGGUGGGGAAGGAAAGCACUGGCGAAACUUUAUUUAAUCGAAAAUGUUCUGCGAGGUGUUUUUCAGGAGCAAAGAGCUUUAGAUUUCGAAAAAAAUAUUAAAAGGGCGGUUGAACGUAGCCAUCACAGAGUAAAACAAAAAAAUUAUAAACUAAAAAAAGGAAAUUGAAUAACAAUAAAAACAUUUUAAUAAAAAGCA